ACUGCUGCCCUUCAGUCACCCUGCAGUCGUGGUCGGGGAAUUAUAUGCGUCUCUGUGAUUGCUUCCUCGUUCGCCAUGGCUACCCAGGUUCUAAGUGGUCAGCUCUCUCGAGUGCUGAGUGCUGAAGAAAAUGCAAAGGUGGUGAGGGCGUUUGGUGACAGGUGUAAGGUGCAGGCGGCGGGGGUGGUGCAGCUGUUCAUGACGGAGCCGCCCCACAACCACAGCUGGAUCAAGGUCGGUGCGGGCGUGGCCACUCUCACCAGGGAUGAAAUGAGGAGGGGUUAUUUCAUUCAGGUGGUGGACAUCGAGGGCGGCGUGGCGAUCUUCGAGCAGGAAGUCUACAAGGAGUUUGAGUACCAUAGUGAUGUAAUUUUCUUCCACCAGUUCGAGGGGGAGGACAGAAUGAUUGGCCUCAACUUCUGCGAUGACGUGGACGCCUCACACUACAGGAACGCCGUCAACAACUUGCUGGAGAACAGAAGAAGAAGAGAAUCGAACGCCAGAAGAGGUUAAUUCAAGAGGAAAGUGACAAGAUGAACAACCAACUCACUCUAAGGAAACAGAAAGCACAGAGAGAACAACAACAACAACAACAACAACAACAACAACAACAACAACAACAACAACAACAACAACAACAGCAAAAGGAGAAAAGUAGAAUUCCUGGCAAGAAAAUGUUUAUGAAAAAGGACAAAAAGAAAAGCAAGAAUUUGGUGAUAAGCAGUCCGUACAACUUUGAGCACGUGAGUCACGCUGGGAUAGACAAUUCCUUCAAUAUUGACGACGAUCUCAUGUCACUCUUCCAAAUGGCUGGGCUGGACAAGAGCAAGCUGCAGGACAGGGCGACCAGGCAAUUUGUGUACGGCUACCUGGAGCAACACGGCGGGCUGGAGGAGGCGAGGAAGAAGAGCAAGAAAUAUUCCAUGCACCAACGCAGAGACACACACCACCCCAGCAGACCCGCCCCCGCCCCCGUCCCCGCCCCAGCACCACCAACACCAACACCACCGCCCGCUCACGCCCAUGGAAAAUCAGUCGCCCCGCCACCGCCACCAGACAGACGCCUCAGAUCCUCCUCCUCCUCCUCCUCCUCCACUACCUCCUCCACCACCUCCCUCCCACAAGUCCCCUCCUCCUUGCACCCUCCCUCCCCGCCACCUCGCAACCCCUCCACCACCACCAGCACAGCCCCGCCAGGACGCCCCACCCUCCCCCAGGACUCCCUACCAGUACCCCAGCCACCCCAGAUUAAAAAUGGGUUAGUUCCACCUACUCCCCCACCUCCGAGAAAACCUCCAUCUGCUACCUCCACCUCCACUGACAUCUCCUCCUUCUCCAUUCCUCCUCCACCUAAACUGAAUCCUCCUCCUCCUCCUCCUCCAAGUAAUCGGAAACCUCAAAAGCCCCAGGUUUCCUCCACUCCUCCUCCUCCUCCUCCUCCUCCUCCUCCUCCUCCUCCUCCUCCACCUCUUCCUUCUCCAGCGCCUCCUGCUCCUCCGCUAGCGCCUCCUACUGCGUCUACGUCACCGCCUUCUGCGCCGCCGCCGCCCACUGACCUCAAGGGUGCUCUCAUGGACCAGAUUCGCAAUACUGGAGGAAGGACUUUGAAGAAAGUUGGCCCCCCUCCUGCUCCUUCUGCUGCGCCCCCGGGAGACCACCGUAACCAACUCCUGCAGGAUAUCAAGUCAGGAGGAUUUAAACUGCAUCAUGUGGAGGCGCCGACGGAGACAGAGAAACCGGAGGAGCUGGAGGGCGUGGCGUUAGGACUGCAGCGCGCCCUUCAGGAACGCUUCCAGGUCAUUCACUCUGACUCAGACAACUCAGCUGAUGACGACGAUGAUUCUGAUGAUGAUGAGUGGGAUGAUUGAGAGGAGGCCACACAGAUGACAGAUGACUGGCCGGCUUCUCAAGAGUGUUUCUUUCGUAAUAAUGUAGAAAUAUUGUCAAUGUGUCACCAGAAUCAUAGAAACGCUCUGAAAAACCCGUGUAGCGUAAACUGGAGCCUUUUUAAGUAGUGUUGGUGUGGUGCUGGUGUUGUGAAAUGCGAGUCUUUGAGUUCCUUGAGUUGUGUGCAGGUUAACUUGAGGGGAACUUCAAGAAAAACGUGAAAUUUUGCUCUGUGGCUUUUGAAAUGAAGAGAGAAAAAGUGUUUAUAUUUUGAAAGACUAUAGUUGAAGUUUGUAAGAUUAGUUGGUGUGUUUCCAGGGUGACGGCUGAACGAAAUUAAAGAAAUGGCAGAUGAAAAAGAAGAAGAGAAAAAAAAAUGUGAUAAAAUGAAGAGAGAAAAGUGUUUAUAUUUUGUAAGAGACAAGUUGAAGUUUGUGUUUCGUGGGUGAUGAUGGCUGAACGAAACUUAAGAAUUGGCAGACGGAAAAAGAAAAGAGAGAAAAAAAAAUGUGAUAAUUCGUUGUGUUCUUUUAAAAUGAAGAGAAAAAGUGUUUAUAGUUGAAGUUUGUGUUUCCUGGGUGAUGGCUGAACGAAAUUAAAGAAAUGGCAGGCGAAAAAAGAAGAAAAAAAAAAAUAUGAUGAUUCGUUCUUUUUAAAAUGGAGAGGAAAGUGUUUAGAAAUUUGUGAACGGAGUAGAUGGAGUUAGUGUUCAGAGUGAUGACUGAAGGAAACCAAAUAAUUAGCACGCAGUGAAAAAGAAAAGAAAAAAAGUUGAUUUGUGGCUUAUGAAAAAAGAAGAAAGCGAUGAAAAUUUGUGAAUAAACUGGUUGAAGGUGAUGUUUCUAGGGUGAUGGCUGAAUGAAAACAAAUAAUUAGGAGAUAGAAACAAAACAAAAAUAAAUACAUGAAAAAAAUGAAAAACGUUGAUUUGUACCUUAUGAAAAGAAAAGAAAAGAAAACGUUUAGAAUUUGUGAAUAAACUAAUAGAAGUAAUAUUUCCAGGGUGAUGGCUGGACGAAAACAAAUAAUUAAAACUUAAACAAGAAAACAUGAAAAAAAGUUGAACUGUGGCUUAUGAAAACAGAAGAGAAGAAAAUGUUUAGAAUUUGUGAACAGACUAAUUGAAGGUAAUGUUUCCAGGGUGAUGGCUGGACAAAACUAAGUAAUUAACAGACAUAAGCAAACCAAAAAUAAAUAAUGUAACGUGAAAAAUGUCGAUCAGUGGCUUAUGGACACAGAAUGGAAGAAAGCAUUUAGAAUUUGUGAACAGAAAUUGAAGAUCAUUGGCUGACGAAAUAAAAAAAUAAAAAUAAAAAAAAAAGUGAAAAAGUCAAUGAGUGGCUUAUGAAAAUGGAAGAAAAGAAAAUGUUUAGAAUUUGUGAAUGAACUAAAUGAAGAUAAUAUUUCCAGGGUGUUGGCUGAACGAAACCAUGUUAUCAGUAGACGAAAUAGAAAAAAAAAUUAGUAAAAAAAACAUGAAGAAUCGAUCAGUGGCUUACGAAAACAGAAGAAAAGAAAAUGUUUAGAAUUUGUGAAUAAACUAAAUGAAGGUAAUGUUUUUAGGAUGUUGGCUGAACGAAACCAUAGUACCAGCAGAUGAAAUAGAAAAAAAAAGUAAAAAAAAAAAAAAGAAAAAAUCGAUCAGUGGCUUAUGGAAACAGAAGAAAAGAAAUGGUUUACCAAUACAAGUACCAAUACAAGAGCAGUUUUCAUUCCUCAAAGUCUUCUGUUUGGUACACGUAGAUAUUUCCAGCGGUACGGUUACAGUUACAGUGGUACAGUUACAGUGGUACGGUUACAUGUUACCUCGCGUACCUGCAGUGGGUAAUUACCUUUGUCUGGGUGAGGUACGGUACGCAGGUGCAGUGUCGUACCGUACCGUCUUUGUUGUUUUGUGUCUUUGUACUUCUUGUUUUGAUUGUGCUGGUGAAAUGACGCUGAUUAAUUCUUUUUUUUUUUUUCUAAUUCUUGUAUUUGUUUUUUUUACCUGCAUUCAUUUAUUUAUUUGAUGUUGAUAUGAAAGUGGUUGAUGUUUUUUUUUUUUUUUCUUUGCUUAUCUAUUCAUUUAUUUAUUUUCCUUUAUUAUUGCUUGAAUCAUCGUUACCGUUUAUUUAUUAAUUUAUCUAGUUUUUUUUUCUUUAUGUAGUGGAUAAGAAAGUAGUUUAAUCAGUUUUGGCAUUUUUGUUUUUCUAUCUUUGUUUCUUAAAUUGUCUAUCAUUUAUCUAUUCAUUUAUUUAUUAUUUAUUCUAUGCACGAUUUGACAAGACAGUGAGUGAGUGGUUUAUCAGUUUUGUCAUUUAGUUCUUCCGUUUUCUUUUUGUUUCUUAAGUCGUCUUUAUCACUUAUCUGUUCAUCUAGUCAUUUAUUCAUUUUUCCUUCAUGCACGAUUUGACAAGACAGUAGUAGUUUAUCAGGUUUGCCUUUUGUUCUUUUCUUUCUUUUACUUGCAUAGUCUUUAUCAUUAUUUCCUAUUUAUUCAUUUAUUCAUUUUCUUCAUGCAUGAGUUCACUAAUUUAUCAGGUUUGUAUUUUAUUAUUUUUUUUUUCACUGUUACAUGAGUCAUCGUUAUUUUGGUUGUGAGGUCUAGCUGCUGUUGUUGUUAUUAUUGUUGUUGUUGUUGUUGUUGUUGUUGUUUUGGGUAAGGAUAACACAUUAGCUGAGAUUCUUUGUGACUUUGGUGUUGGUGAAAAUAACUAACUUGAUGUGGUGACGUUGGUUGUGUUGACAGGCGGUACAGCUAACAGUACAUGGCAAGCUAGGAGA